GCACAAGCUGCUGAGCGCCGGCCCCACCGAGCCCUGGUCUAUCCGCGAGAAGCUCUGUCUGGCCUCGUCCGUCAUGCGGAGCGGAGACCAGAACUGGGUCUCAGUCAGCAGAGCUAUCAAACCUUUUGCAGAGCCAGGACGCCCACCUGACUGGUUUUCUCAAAAGCACUGUGCAUCUCAGUAUUCAGAGCUCUUGGAGACUACAGAGACCCCCAAGAGAAAACGUGGUGAGAAGGGAGAAGUUGUGGAGACUGUGGAGGAUGUUAUUGUGCGGAAACUCACUGCAGAACGGGUUGAGGAGUUGAAGAAAAUCAUUAAAGAAACACAGGAGAAGUACAGGCAACUCAAGAGGGAUGCAGAGCUGAUCCAGGCCGGACACAUGGAUAACAGGCUGGAGGAGCUAUGCAAUGAGAUUAUGAUAAAGAAGAAACUGGAGGAGGAGGAAGCAGAAGUCAAGAGGAAGGCUACAGAUGCUGCUUAUCAGGCUCGUCAGGCCAUUAAGAAUCCACCACGACGGUUGACAGGUGUGAUGGUUCGCUCCCCUGCAGGCUCAACCUCCCCAGGGGGAGACUACGCUCUGGGAGAUCUGUCUCAGCCCGCUGUGGAUGAGGCCAGUCCAGGGGUUGGUGAAAAUGAAAUGACAGUGGCUUCUGGUCACAUGAACAGCUCAGGAGUCCUGCUGGAGGUAGGAAGUGUCCUCCCAGUGCUGCACAGUGGGGAAAUGCAGUCGGCACCUGGUGCUGUCCCUGCAUCUCCUGCUGCUUCAGGUGCUCCUACGCUUUCCCGGCUUUUAGAAGCUGGUCCUGCACAGUUCACCUCACCUCUUGCUUCCUUCUCCGCUGUUGCCAGCGAACCUCCAGCUAAGCUCCUGCCACCCCCAGUAGAGCCUGUGUCCCAGGCUACAAUUGUCAUGAUGCCCACGCUGUCAGCACCAUCCGUUGUGCCACCAGCUGCAGCUCCAGAAAGCGUAGCCACAGUGAGCCAACCAGAAGCCUGUGUUUCCAUGGAGGCAGUGUCUGAUUCCCAUACCGUGACAGUGUCCAUGGACAGCAGUGAAAUAUCCAUGAUCAUUGAUUCCAUCAAGAAAGAGUGCCUGGGUUCUGGGGCUGGCGGUACUGCAGGGUCUUCCAAAGAUCACUGUAUGGAUGGGAAAGAAGACCUCGAUUUAGCUGAGAAAAUGGAUAUUGCAGUGUCCUAUACAGGGGAAGAGCUGGACUUUGAUACCGUUGGAAAUAUUAUAGCCAUUAUUGAGGACAAGGUAGACGACCACCCUGAAGUCCUGGAUGCAGCAGUUGUAGAAGCUGCUCUGUCUUCUUUCUGCGAAGAUACAGAUGACCCUCAGACCCUGCCUGGCCCGUGGGAACACUCAAUUCAUCAGGAGCACGAGAAACAGGCCCAGAUACCCCAAGUAUCUGUGACUGUGAAGCAGGAGAGACUGGAGUGUGAGGAGCCAGAGGCAAAGGGAAUUCGAGACCUAAUGGGCAUUGGCGAGCUGGGAUCAGAAAUAAAAACAGAACCUGCAGAGCAGGAGCAGAAUCAGCUGGGCCCUGAGGAAACCAUAGCAGCAACUGCAAGAGUGACAGAAACACCAGAGCUUCGAAAUCAAGAGAUAGAAGAAGAUCAAAGAGCAGCUGUAACAGCAGGAGAGACUUCUGAAAUCGAGAUAGAGUCGACCAAGGGAGAAGACAUGGUGCACAAUACAGUGAAGGCAGAGACCCCACCUGAUGAUGAUUCAUCCCCUCCACAAGUCCCAAAUGUGAGUGAAGACUCCUCACAGGCUGAUGUUCAGCACAAAUUUGAGCUGUCAGAGUCAAUGAAGGAGGAGGCCCAAGCUCUAUUUAGGAGUCAGAUGAAGGAUGGGCAGGGUGAAGAGGAUGAUGAGGAUGGUGCCAGUGAGGCUGCCAGUUUGGAGGAACCCAAAGAAGAAGAUCAGGGUGAGGGAUAUCUGUCAGAGAUGGAUAACGAACCCCCCGUGAGCGAGAGUGAUGAUGGCUUCAGUGUCCAUAAUGCACCUUUACAGUCUCACACGCUAGCCGACUCCAUCCCCAGCAGCCCAGCCUCCUCGCAGUUCUCAGUGUGUAGUGAAGACCAGGAAGCAAUACAGGCCCAGAAGAUAUGGAAGAAAGCUAUCAUGCUAGUUUGGAGAGCAGCAGCUAAUCACAGGUACGCCAAUGUCUUUCUACAGCCUGUGACUGAUGAUAUAGCACCAGGCUACCACAGUAUUGUGCAGAGGCCAAUGGAUUUAUCUACCAUCAAAAAGAACAUUGAGAAUGGGCUGAUACGAACCACAGCUGAGUUCCAGCGUGAUAUUAUGCUGAUGUUUCAGAAUGCAGUUAUGUACAACAGCUCUGACCAUGACGUGUACCACAUGGCUGUGGAGAUGCAGCGAGAUGUCCUGGAGCAGAUCCAGCAAUUUCUGGCCACACAGCUGAUCAUGCAAACAUCAGAGUCGGGGAUCAGUGCAAAGAGCCUACGUGGGCGCGACUCCACUCGCAAGCAGGAUGCUUCAGAGAAGGACAGUGUCCCAAUGGGCUCUCCUGCCUUCCUUCUCUCUCUCUUUGACGGAGGCACCAGAGGGCGUCGCUGUGCCAUCGAGGCAGACAUGAAGAUGAAGAAAUGAUGCUGCAGGCAGACAGAAAACCCCAGCACCUGGCACCCAGAGCUGGAGUGCAAGCAAGACGCUGUUAAUAGCUGUUGGAGGAGGAAGAAAAGUUGCAGGUCCAUUUCUGGGACCUGUCCCACCUUCUUCGCUUGCCCCUCUGGAAAGCAGUGUCUCGUCAGAGUGUGUAACCCAAAGAAACUUCCCUGGAGGGGAAGACUAGCCCCCCUGCCUGUUUUAGGGCAGUCAUCUUGGGCUUCAUCAGUGUUCUGGUGUUAGCUAGCAACUGGUGGCUUGUAUGUACUGUAAUGUGAAGUGUACAGAUUUUUACUAGUGAUGUGUAAAUGUGUAUGUAUAUUAAAGUCUGGG